UGUUGCUCUUCCGGGAUCCGACCCGUGCAUGCUUCUCCCGAGCUGGACCGUAAGGCCAGCGCCUGCAAGGACGCGGCGGUGGAGGGGAAGGACGGCCGGAGACAGGCCGGGCACCCGUCUCCGGGGCUGGACGGCCCAGGCUUGGCGGGGGUCGCCGCUGGGCCGGCGGCGGGGAUCAUGGCAUCGCUAGCGGACCGAGUGAGAGGCAGAGGACGAAUCGCCGCCGGGCUCCUGUUCAACCUGCUGGUGUCCAUCUGUAUCGUGUUCCUCAACAAAUGGAUCUAUGUGCACCACGGCUUCCCCAAUAUGAGCCUGACCUUGGUGCACUUCGUGGUCACCUGGUUGGGCUUGUACAUCUGCCAGAAGCUGGACAUCUUCGCCCCCAAAAGUCUGCCGCCUUCCAAGCUUCUCCUCCUGGCCCUCAGCUUCUGUGGCUUUGUAGUCUUCACUAACCUCUCUCUGCAGAACAACACCAUAGGCACCUAUCAGCUGGCCAAGGCCAUGACCACGCCGGUGAUCAUAGCCAUCCAGACCUUCUGCUACCAGAAAAGCUUCUCCAUUAGAAUACAGCUCACGCUGAUUCCUAUAACUUUAGGUGUAAUCCUAAAUUCUUAUUACGAUGUGAAGUUUAAUUUCCUUGGAAUGGUGUUUGCUGCUCUUGGUGUUUUAGUUACAUCCCUUUAUCAAGUGUGGGUAGGAGCCAAACAGCAUGAAUUGCAAGUAAACUCAAUGCAGCUCCUGUACUACCAGGCUCCGAUGUCGUCUGCCAUGUUGCUGUUCGCCGUGCCCUUCUUUGAGCCAGUGUUUGGAGAGGGAGGAAUACUUGGUCCCUGGUCAGUUUCUGCUUUGCUUAUGGUGCUGCUAUCUGGAGUAAUAGCUUUCAUGGUGAACCUAUCAAUUUAUUGGAUCAUUGGGAACACUUCACCAGUCACGUAUAACAUGUUUGGACACUUCAAGUUCUGCAUUACUCUAUUUGGUGGAUACGUUUUAUUUAAGGAUCCACUGUCAAUUAAUCAGGCUCUUGGCAUUUUAUGUACAUUAUUUGGCAUUCUCGCCUAUACCCACUUUAAACUUAGUGAACAGGAAGGAAGUAAGAGUAAACUGGUACAACGUCCUUAAUAGGGUUUCUGUGGAGAAAAGAAAGUUGCCCCAAGAAGAUAAAAAGUGUUGAUAAGUGUGCUCAUUAUUUAAAAAAAAAAAAAAAAUUAAAGUGCAAAAUUCAUUGAAUGAUUUGCAAGA